CGAAACUUCCACGCAACGCGCUCAACCUUUUUCAAUAUAACCAGGGCGUGAUGGCGUGAUGGUGCGUCCGGCAAACAACGUUACCUAGACGCAACUUGGUCGUCGGGAUGACGGGCGAUAUCCCACCAUUCUCGUCAAUAGCACUGCCGCGAGAUGAUUGAGCGAGAUGAUUACGCAAGACGAUCUCGAUCGACGACAGCACCUGUCUAUUAUACUUGCUCAGCAUGAGACCUGUCCUGCUCGUCCGGCGCAGCUCGGUAUCCGAUCAGUGCCACAGCUAACGUGAGCAUCCUCGCUAGAUGGAGGCACUACUGUGCUGUCAGCGAUGAUUGUGGAGGUCGUGACUCGAUGGGGCAACAAUCACUUGGCAACACACCAUCCGUUGGUAACACAUUAGGAACGUGGCCCCUGGUGUUCGUCGAUCCUGACAUCAUCUGCUAAACUAUGGCGACCCUAGCAAACGUGAAGAUCGAUCGGGAAUUCUGGAAAGACUACCUCUGUGCUCAAGGGCGUCAAUUGCCACUCCUCGAAGAUGUUGAGGACCUCACCAACAGAGUCGUCAGAGUUAUGGGAGGCAACCCUGGAGAGAUGCAACUUCAGGGCACCAACACUUUCCUUCUCGGCACUGGCAAGGAAAGAAUUCUGAUCGACACCGGCGAGGGAAUACCGGUCUGGAUCGAAAGACUGGUAGAGAUCUUGAACGAUCGAGACUUGACCAUCGCCCAUGUUCUGCUCACACAUUGGCAUGGAGACCAUACAGGCGGUGUCCCCGACCUGGUUGCCCACGAUCCCUCUAUCGCACAUCGUAUAUACAAGUGCAAUCCUGACCCGGGUCAGCUUGAUAUUCAGAAUCAGCAAAUUUUCGCAGUAGAGGGUGCUACGGUCAGGGCCCUCUUCACGCCUGGUCAUGCUAUCGAUCACAUGUGUUUCCUGCUCGAGGAAGAGAACGCAUUAUUCACCGGCGAUAACGUCCUGGGCCACGGCUUCACGGUGGUCGAAGAUCUUGCGUCGUAUCUGCAAAGCCUCGAACGAAUGGCCGCUCAGGGCUGCACUAUCGGCUAUCCAGCUCACGGUGUCACGAUCGACAACUUGCCUGCCAAGCUGAAUCAGUACAUUCGCCAGAAAAGAACCCGUGAAAAGCUGAUUCUCCGUGCUCUGCUUGACCACAUGUCGGCUCAGAACCGCAAUCCUCGUUUGGCGAAUUUGUCAGCGCAAGAGAUCAUUCGCAUCAUUCACGGGGAGGUACCCAAGGAACUCUUGCAGGGAGCAAUCGAGCCUUCUACAAUGGAAAUUCUGCGCAUGCUUGCUGAUACGCGCAAAGUGGGCUUUUCUCUGAAUGGUGGUACUCAGCGAUGGUUUGUGAACAAGCAAACUCUUGUGAUGUAGCGCUCGGAAGCGGGACACGAGAACGUACUGUCUGCGGCGUAGUACUAGAUUGAGAUGAUACUUCUACUCAAUCUCCUAUGUUUAGCACAAAUUUUGCCAAAUCGCAAGACAAGUUUGCUUUUACG